AUGGCCAGACGGCGAAGGCCGUAUCUUGGAGCGGAAGUGCGGAAGGGCGGAAAGGCGUUUCGUCAGCUGGGCGCGCGGUGCCUGCGGAGCGGGCGCUGCCACGUGCCGCUGUCGCACUGCGAGAAGAACGUGAGUGGCAACGUCUCCGCUCCGAAGCUCCGUGUUCGCCGUGGUGCUGGUGCUACUGCUUGCCUGGCAGCAAGUUCGAUAGCGCACAAUAAACCUUGCGAUUUCCAUAUGAUGUGAUAUUACUCUUAAUAUUGAAUAUCUUAAGAUGGGGUUUCAUUGUUUUUGCAAGUUACUCUUAUUCCUUGAUAAAACGAGUACAGUUUGUGUAUGGUUGAGUUUUAAGUUGGCUUUUCAGAAGUCAUAAUUAGUAUUAUGAUUCAAAAUAUAUUUUCGUUUGUGAAACGUAUAUCAGGAAACAAAUAUUUACCAACUCCAGCGAUUUAUGUUGGAAGUAGAAAACUGAGUAUAGAAGACUCAAGACAACAGAAGGCUGUGCCAGUGUGUGAUUUCCUAGUCACAUAAAAAGUAAUGUCGAUAGGUUUCUUUACUAUUGUAUUUACAAAUAUAUUUUUCUGCGUUACUUCAUACAAUGGACAAUGCAUGUUGACAAUUACUUCUCUUGAUGAGAUAGCAAUGAUUUUACAAAAAAAUGAUUGAUUAGUGUUGAUUUUAUGAAGUUAGUUCGUCCAAAUGAAGACAAAACUUUGUAAGAAAUGGUAAUGGUAGUUGGAAAAAAUUUGUUACUCAAGCCUCUUUCCAUUGUCUUUGGUGGUAAAUAAAGUUUCAAGAACACCAUAUAA